AUGGAAAACUAAAAGAAUCAUUUCGUUAAUUUGGGAAAGGCCUUUCACUGCUCAGUGGGAAUUCUAUUCCUUUGCACAGCCAUGAACCCUACGAAAUAUUUAUAUACAUAGAUUAUGUCAAAAAGCAACAAUGAAUUACUAGGUUUUAUUUAAUAUGCUUUAAACUACUUUUGCGCUGCUAUUGGGUGUUUAGCAUCAUCAUAUAUAUUGGAUAAAUUCGGUGUGAAAUGGUGCCUUACAAUUUCUGCAAUUAUAGAUACACUAUGGAUUCUAGCAAUUAUACCAUCAGCAUUAAUUUCUGAAAAUCCAUCUAUUCGUGACAGCUUUAUUGCAAGUGAUUUUUUUAUAUACACGUCAUAGACAUUAAUUCAAAUAAUGCAGGGCUUAUUUUUAGGAAUUAAAUGGGUAGCGGGAAAUAAAUAUAUUUCAUAAUGUGCAACAGAGGAAACCAAAGGCUUUUACUUUAGUUUUUUCUUGGGAAUGUACAUGCUAUCAAUAAUUUUAGGCAGUUUAAUAUCGGCAUUUAUUUCAAAAAGUCUUCAUUAAUCAACAUAUCUCUUUAUCAUGACUAUUCUUGCUUCAUUAUCCAUUGUUCUUUUUUAUACACUAGUACAGCCCAUUCCUUAAGAAAGAUUUAUACCGGAUGAUGAUGAUUAAACUAAAGACAAUGAAAUAUUGAUAGAACAAAACAGCGAAAAUUCAAAAAUCCUCAAAAAUACAUAAAAUUACUCAGCAAUUCUUGAAGAUCCUGAUUUAUCAAACGAUUAUUCUCAAAGCAACAAUUCAAACUUUGUUUAAAAUACAAAUCUAAGUGAAACUAAAAUAUAUCUUAAUCAAGAGGUUAAGGAAGUUUUGCUUCUCAUAAAAUCUAGAAAGAUGCUACCAUUGAUACCAUUACUUCUAUGGGUAGGUAUCAGCGAAGCAAUUUAUUUUGAGAUACUGUUAAAUAUUAUUAUUGAUACCUAAUCUAUUGGAGAUUAUUAGUAUAAAAUUUCAAAUUCAAUGCUGACAAUGGUAACUUUUGGGACUGGAGAGUUGAUUGGUAGUCUUUUUACAGGGUGGAUGAUAGAUAAAUAUGGGAAUAAAAAGACAGUUACAAUUAAUAUUGUGUUGGUAUCAAUUCAAACUAUUUUAAAGCUGAUUUAUCUGAUUAAUUAUAAAUUUUCCUGGUUUGCUUAUUUCUUGACUUUUGUUUGGGGCUUGCAGGAUGGUUUAAUUAAUACCUUAUCAAUUGAAAUGCUUGGAUUUGAAUUCAAAAAUAAUUCCUAAUCUUAUGCUGUAUCUAAUCUUGGCUUAUGCUUAAGUGCUUCUUUAUUUAGUUUUAUCUAGGGAUUUGUCAAAGGAAAAGAAUAGUAUAUUAUUUAUACUACAAUUGUAGGAUUUAUAGGAAUAUUGUCCAAUAUUUCUGCAUUAUUUUUCAAAUUCAAGCCUAUGCCUGACUAGUUAAAGUAAUCUAUGAAGUAAGAUCUGAACAAAUGA